UGUCUUACACGUAAACCCACCUCAUUCACUUCUGUGUAAAUAAGUUUCUUCUCUUUUUCUCUACACUGUCUGCUCUCUCUCCCUCUCUCUCGAAACUGAAUCGCCUCCUUCAGUACCAAAAGAGAAGAAAUGGUUUGUAGAAAGCGAAGGAAAGUCAAAUUGUUAUCUGCGAGAGUGGUGGAUGAUAAAAAAACAACAACAAAGAAUAAGAAAGUGAAGCUGGAAGCACAAACUUGGUCUGACCUUCCUAUAGAACUUCUGGAACUGAUUUUGUGUCGCUUGUCACUUGAGGACAAUAUCCGUUCAUCUGUUGCCUGCAAAAGAUGGAACACUGCAGCCAUUUCUGUCAGAGUGGUAAACCAAUCACCCUGGCUUAUGUAUUUUCCAAAAUUUGGUAACAUGUAUGAGUUCUAUGAUCCAGCUCAACGCAAGACCUAUUCGCUUGAGUUGCCAGAGUUGUAUGGGUCCAGAGUUUGCUACACUAGAGAUGGUUGGCUGUUGCUAUACAGACCCAGAACAAACCGUGUGUUUUUCUUUGAUCCUUUUUCUCAGGAAGUUGUCAAACUGCCAAGAUUUGAAUUGACAUAUCAGAUAGUUGCCUUCUCUUGUGCCCCAACAUCUAACACCUGUGUAGUUUUUACAGUUAGGCAUGUCAGUCCCACAAUUGUUGCAAUCAGUACUUGUCAUCCAGGGGCAACUGAGUGGGUUACUGUUAAUUACCAAAAUCGCUUGCCUUUUGUGAGUAGUAUUUGGAAUAAGAUCGUUUUCUGCAAUGGAUUCUUCUACUGUCUAAGUCUCACUGGCUGGCUUGGUGUUUUUGACCCACUGGAGCGUACUUGGAGUGUUCUUGCUGUGCCUCCCCCUAAAUGCCCUGAAAAUUUUUUUGCGAAAAAUUGGUGGAAGGGAAAGUUUAUGUCAGAGCAUAAUGGAGACAUUCUAGUUAUUUACACUUGUUGUAGUGAAAACCCCAUUAUAUUUAAGUUAGAUCAGCCAAAGAUGGUCUGGCGAGAGAUGAAAACCCUUGAUGGUAUGACACUUUUUGCCAGUUUCUUGUCAUCUCAUUCAAGAACUGACCUCCCUGGAAUGAUGAGAAACAGCGUCUACUUCUCUAAAGUUCGUUUCUUUGGAAAACGCUGCAUAUCUUAUUCUCUCAAUGAUUGUAGAUACUAUCCUUGUAAGCAGUGUUACGACUGGGGAGAGCAAGAUCCUUUUGAGAAUAUCUGGAUUGAACCACCUGAAGACCUCUCAGCCUUCAUUUGAAGAGAAUACCAGUGAUGCCUGAUUUGUAUGUGCAAGUUAUACAGCGUUCCAUGGAGCAGGUUUAGAGUGCCCACACACGCGCAUCAAGAUGGAGCUGUUCAUCAUUGAAGAGUCCUUGAAGCUUUAUGAUACGGUGCCGCUCAAAUGCAGUGUGCUUGAAGCAUAUAUUAGGAAGUUCUUUCAGUACAGGGGAGUGAAUAACCUUGAGGUGUGCCCUUUGAGGAUCCGAAUUUAGAUCCUUCGGAAGGGCCGCUGUGUAUGAUCAUCUGUGCAUUCUUAGGCAUAUAAUGUGUGUUUAAAACAAAUAUGUUUAUUAUUUCUAGUACAGUUGAAUACCUAAUUAAUGUUGUUUAGUAGCUUAACCAAGUUGGAAACAUGGUAACUUUAAAGAUAUUGAUUAGAACCGAGAAAGGGAACCGAUAUGAGAAUGCAGUGUUAGUCAAACAUUACAGAA